ACAUCUUAAAACAAAACGUCAGAAAGGAAAAACGUGUAAAUAAGAAAAGAGUUCGGACAACGUGCUCGCUAUUUGAUCCGUAAAAUUUUAAAAUAAAUAAGUUGAUUGUGAUUUGCUCGUGCCGGCUUUAAAGAAAAAGCUACCCAAAUAAGAACCUAAAUAACUAAAACGAUCGUACUUUCAGUCAAAGUUAAAAGCAAAAGCGGAAAUAGAACUGCGUAGUCGCCAUCCAUAACCUUCAGAUUUUCAUUUUUAUUGAAUCCAUUGCCAUGAAAGAAUGUCAGUCUCUACGGAAAAAAGGCGAUUAUCUUCAAUUUUAAAACCUUACUCGGGUCUGGAUGGUGCAAAACUAAAUACUUCUCAGAACAAGGUACGAUUCGAUGAUUUGUCAAUCGAAUCGGUACUCCAGGAUGCGUUGGAAAACAACCGAUUGCAGCGUUUCGAACACUUGCUGGCCUCUAUCAAGGAGGAGGAAUUCGAUGAUGGCAAAUUCCAGCAGGUUUUCAUUGAAUCAAAACGAUGCGUUCACCUGUUGAACGCCAAUUUUGGGAUGCUAGUUGAAGCCUUGCUGUCGGUCAAAUGGUUGUCGCGCACCGCGGAUGCCCAGGAGGUUUAUAAGGCAUUUGUGAUAGAACUACUGGUGGCGCAUAGUAACUACACUUCACUAGUUGUAUCGAAACUGGUGCAAAGUUUUGUUCCGAAGGAUGACGGCAAAUCUGGUUGGUUGCAUGGAGUUCCUAGUGAUGAGACGCUUAGAAUGGUGACACCGAUUCACGACUUGAUUGUAAGACUGAAAAACGUGAUACCGAUGGUAUUUGAUGUAAUUCUAAUCCAUUUGAGGAAAAAUUUCCCCUAUUUCAAGAAGCCUACUCAUGUAGUUUGUGGCUAUUUGUACAACAUGCUGCAUAUGACGGAGUACUCAUCAAUGUUUGUUGAAGAAUUGUUGGAGAUUGCCUUCAACCGGAUACUGGUGAUAGAUGUCAAUGCUCCAAGAAAUGAAAUUGAGGAAGCUGAAUUCCCAGAAGAUGAUCAGCAAAUUUUUACAAUGGAAGAAGAUCCAACCGGCAACGAGGAUGAAGAUGAUACGACGAUGAAACUGCCUUUAGCAGAAACACUCGAUUGCUGUAUGGAGUUGAUGUUUGAAUACAUCAAGAAGCGAGCUUCGUCGGAAAGAAGUACCAGUGAAGGUGAUCGAAUGUUCAAGGUGCUACUGUCACUGUUCGAUCAUCACAUUCUGCCCACGCACAAUACGCAUCAUGUGCAAUUUUUGAUGUUUUAUUUCUGCAGUUUUAAGCAAUCCUAUGUAGAAUACUUUAUCACCUAUCUGUGGAAACAAGUAUGCAAUCCGAACAUCUCUACUCCGAUGAGACAGGCUGCGGUUGGAUACAUGGCUAGUAUGCUGGCUCGUGCUAGAUUUGUUCCAAUAAGUCUGCUAAAAUCCACCAUCCAAGAGCUUUCUAACUGGGCUCAUCAGUACAUUCAGGAAACUGAUUCGAUGAUGGGAUGUACACUAAGAGCACACAUGGUGUUUUAUUCGGUCUGUCAAGCAAUCUUCUACGUUGUAGCUUUUAGGAGUAAACAUUUAACCGCGAGCUCGAAAAAUCUCGUUUUUCUGCAGUCGCUUCAACUAUCGUCCAUUGUGACCAGUCAUCUGAAUCCGUUAAGGGUAUGUCUACCGCCCGUAGCGACAGCCUUCGCUGGUGUAACGAGAGCUCAUCAGCUGGCCUAUUGUCACACUAUUCUAGAACGAAAUGCACGUCGUAAGCUGGCAACCGUAUACAAAAAUGAAGCUCAAACUCCUGAAGAAUGUCUCGAUACAUUCUUUCCGUUCGAUCCGUACAUGUUGAAGAAAUCCGGCCAAAGAAUCGAACCCAUCUUUCUACAGUAUCAGGCCAGCGAUGCGGAGGAAAGUCAUCCAAUCAGCUCACCGAAGGCGUCUACCCGUAAAAGGUGCGAAUCGAUGUCAGAAGAUGUUGAUGAUUUCUUACAAGAAAGUAAGCGCCUAAAGCAUGGCAUAGGUGCUGCACAGGAGCAUGGUGAAAUGCAUUUUACGUACUCCUACGGAGUAUCGCCCGGUUUUCAUAGUUAG